CCACGACAGGACGUGUUUUUCUCUGCGAUCGCGAAAAGUUUAAUUUCCCAAAAUUUAUAAUUUUGAUUUGCCACACUCAGCUUGUUACUACGCUUUUUUUUUAACGUGCAAAAAAUCCAAAAUUUAUACAAUUUGUUGACUGUGAAAAAAAACAAUUACUGUACUACAACUAUACUUUGGAUACACAAUAAGAUCGCGGAAAAUUCGCAACCAAAAAAUACAAAAAAAGAACUCUUCGAAUCGCAGGAGCGACAGACAGCAGCUGGCAAGAUGCUCAAGUGGGCUGUCAACCAGCCGCGAAACUCGUAUUUGGCCAAGGAGCUGGUCCUGGGAAUGGGAACAGGAUCGGAGGCAGGAUCGCUGGACCCGAAGUCCGAGGUGGUGGGCUCCAGCUACAGCGAGUUCCACGCCCUGCGGGGCAAGCUCAAGAGGAAGUCCCUCGGCCUGGCCCAUGGCAAGGAGAACCAGCUGACCUCCACGCCGCUUCCCGCCUGCUCCUUGACCCUCAACACCCGCACGCCGCUGCUCAAGGAUCUGAGCAACAUCCUGGCCACCCCGCCGUCGGGCGGAGCCACUGGUGUGCCCGGAGCAGCAGCCCCCCUCAAGUUCGCCUGCACCCUGCCCACCUUCGAGGCGGAGUACUCGCCCAACGCCACCGUCAUCCCUGGCUCCCUGAUCGCCCUGCGAGGCGUGGGCAUCCCGGACAGCUACUUCGAGAAGCCACGCUACCUGGAGCAGAAGCCACUGCCUCAUCCGCACCCGCAUCCUGCUCCUGCUGCCCCCGAACAGACCACACUCAGCUCCAGCCAGAUGGGGGAUGUGACCCUGGAGCGCAUGAUCGAUGCCAUCCUGGAGAGCAACCGCAAGCCAGGCACCAAUGCCCGGCAGCACCUCCGCCAGCCCAGGCAGCAUCUGCGCCAGCGGCACAGGCAGCAGGUGCUCCGGAGCAGCCACAACCAGGCACAGGCCCAGGCCCAGACCCACUCGCCCACCUACCGUCCCGCCUUCGAUCCGGCCAGCGAUCUGUGCGAGUACUGGAAGUCGCCCUCGCGGAGGGACUCCCUGCCAGCCGAUGGCUUCGAGGAGCGGGAGGUGCGCUCCCCGCUGCCUUUUCCACUGCCCUCCAACGCCAUCCAAUCCCAGGGCAAGCGGCACUCCCUGCAGCUCCGCAGGCAGCGGGUGGUGCGGCGCAAGCGCAAGAUCACCACCAAGAUCUCCUCCAGCGUCAGGCAGUCGGCGCAGAAGCUGCUGGCCGCGGCCAGGUCCGGAUCCGGAGUGCCCAGCCAUCGGUCUGCCCAGAAGAGGCGCCACAUCAGCCCGGACAGCGGCCACAACUCCACCAGCGACUUCGAGGAGGAGCUGGUGGCCAUGGGAUCCUGUGGCGGACUGACGGAGGCGGUCACCAAGAGACGGCUCAGCUUCUCCUUCGCCGAGGAUCUGUUCGUGGAGAAGUGACCCCGCGGGGCGUCUCUUUUUAUGUUACUUUUUGACUACUGUUUGGUUACAAUUAAAUCAUUUUUUUUUGUGUGGCUAAAAGCACAGCAUUUGCCUUGGAAUCCUUAUGUUGAA